GGUGGCCUUUCUUCUUCGGUGGUAGUGGAGUUUUUUCCUCGUUCAAUACCCAUUGGAAUAAGUGCAAAGUGCUCCAGAGCCAGUCACAGUGGUUUUUCGUGUCGGAGCUGAUCGAAAACUGAAAAUUACCCAGUAAUUCUGCACGGAAAAGUGACUAAAAGCGGUCCGCGAGUGCCGGAAGAGACCAUGUAACGCGCAGGUUGUCCAGUGCUCAAAGUGCGGCCCGUAUUUGCGCUCUCUAUUCUAGUUGUUGUUUUUGCUGUUCUUGCAUCAAUGAAUACAGUGUGAGCGUAAAUGCGUAUUUCCAAUACAUGUGUGCGUUGCCGUGUAAACAUAAUCGAUUGAUUAUUCCAUUGUGCAAUUAUCGAAGGGUAUUCGAAAAUAAACGAGAAUCAGUAACAACACAACACAUCAGAGAGAUCAAAAACAGUAUAAACAGUUAAUUUUGCUUCCCCCCUCACGAUGGAUAGCAAAGAUCAUCUCGCGUCGGAACAGUUGAUACUGUUGUCAUCAGACGAUGAAAACGAUGAGGACGUGGUAAUUGACUAUCUGAGCUCUGCGAACCUGCCACCGCAAUCCCCAUUGCUCGCGACGGUGACCACUGGUCUCCUGAGAUGCAAUGAACCAGCCACGACGCCGAACGACUCCGGACAGCAGCAACAGCUACCCACUUCCGUAGUCAGCAACAACAACAACUACAACAGCAACAGUAGUAGCAACAACGUUCACAACUAUAAUAGCAACAGCAACAGUAACAGCACCACCACCGUAGGGGAAAGGUGCAACAAGAACAAACUGAGUGAUAUCGUCAUCGACACGGGUAUCAACGACUUCGGUCAACUGCAAACAGCAGCACAUCAACAGACUGGUAGGAACGGCAACAGCACCAACAGUGUUGCCAACAACCAUCACCACGCCAACAUGGUGCCAAUCAUUAGCGUUACCCCGCACAGUCCGGGUGCCAAGUAUAAUUUUCUCGAGGAUACACUGCAUCAUCUACAAUGCAUUCGGGAAAGCGUAGCCCAGAUGAAGAACUCCACCAUCCAGACCACCAACUUUGGUGGAGCGGGAUUCAUCGGAUCAUCGCAGCUCUCGUCGAGUAAACUGUUCUCGUCGUGUCCCUCGCUGCCGGAUCUGACGAUCUCCAAUCCGGGCAGCAUGUGGCCCCACCAGCCCACCAUGUACGGUCUCAACACCGACCGGCGCAAGUCCUGGACGGCGAUCGAGGAUUUGACCGAAUGCGCCAAAUCUUCGCACAAGAGUGUCAGCCUCUCUAGUUUGGACAGCGAAGAGCAGGAAUCUCUUCGGGCGGCUGAGAGAUUACACAAUCGUACCAGUAGAAACAGUACCGGAGGAAUAUCAACGCACUCGUUGAACGAGGCGGAAUUGGCGAGAGACUUCGAAAAAAUCGUGGCCAAGCGCAACCUGGCCCCAACCGUCUGUCGGAUUCCACUCCAGAAAAGCAUCUCGACACCAUCGAUCGCGCCGGUUCGCAAUCAAGGUGCCAAGGAGGAUACCGCUACUCCUUCACGGCAUCUUUCCGACAGUGAAGAUGAAACCCACGACGAUCGAUCACUGCUUUGUGUGAGAGAUAAAGCCGAGGGCUACACCGACCAUCCGGAAAAGCGCCGGAAACGUGGUUCGCUAUUUUUCCGCAAGAAGAAAGACAAGGCCAAAACCAAGGGCCAGAACUCCACCUGUGAUGCUUGCGGAGCGGUUAUCAAUCUCGCCACCUACAAAGAGCACGCCGUGGAAUGCAAAGCCAAAAUUGCAAAGAAAUAUUUCCAAGUGCAGCCCAAAUCCGGUUCCAAUAAGAAGAACUCAACUAACAGUGAAAAAAGCGGCAAGAAAAUGACUGGAUGCUACUCUCCGUGGAGAUUGGUCGCUAACAAGUUAGGCGUGGUUUCAACUCACGCCAGCCACAGUUCCUCGCACCACGAUGAUCAAGGUAGAGACUAUUACGAUGGCCACAUACAAAAUGACAACUCAAACUGCUCGGACGAAACGCCACUAAUACGGGAUGAGUUCCUGCACGAGGCGCCGAUCGGACCGCACGAUCUCGGCGCGGAACCGAUCCUGGGCGUGGCCAUCGACGAGCACGACUCGUGGAGUCCCAGCGUACCAAAGGAGAUCGUCAAAUCGCUCAAGGAUAAGCAGGUCAAACGCCAGGAGCACAUCUACGAGUUCAUAAUGACGGAGAAGCAUCACUGCCAAACCCUACUAGUCAUGCAGAAGGUGUUCGUCGAGAGCCUCCAGAAGCACUUCAGCCACCUGAACCUGAAGCGGAUGUUCCCGCGGCUGGAGGACCUCACCGAGCUGCACACGGGCUUCCUGAAGAAGCUGAGACUGAAACAACGCGAGCACCACAUUGUCGACAGCAUCGCGGACAUCCUGUUGGACUUCUUUUCGGCCAUGUCGGCGCAGAAGCUCAAGUCGGCGUACGGCGAGUUCUGCUCCAACCACCGAUCGGCGCUCAGUACCUUCAAGUGCUACAUGACGGGAGACAACACCUUCGCCGAAUGGUACAAGCACUGUCAGCAGAACCCGUUGCUCAAGAAGAAGGGCAUCCCGGAGUGUAUACUGUUCGUGACGCAACGGCUGACCAAGUACCCGCUGUUGAUCGAUCCGCUGCUCAAGAGCUCUCGGGAGGACAAGAUCGAGCAGGAAAAGCUGCAGAAGGCGAUGCAGCUGGUCAAGGAGAUCCUGGUGGACGUGGACGCCCGGGUUGCCGACAAGGAGAAGGAGGACCGUCAAUUAGAGAUCUUCAAGCGGAUCGAUGCCAAGUCGUACGCGAUCUUCAAGAAGGACAAGUUCAAGAAGUCCGAUAUUAUUUCCAGCAAUCGGAAGCUGAAAUUCGAAGGCGUAGCAACGCUGAUGCAGGGAAGAUCCAAGAUGCAGACUGUGUUGGUCGUAGUUCUGUCGGAUUGUCUGUUCUUCCUGCUGGAAAACUCUCACAAAUACUCGUUUUUCACGCCGGAAAAUAAGGCCGGCGUAGUAUCCUUGCAGAAGUUGCUGAUCCGCGAAAAAGCCGGCACCGAAUCGAGGGGCAUCUACAUCAUCUCGUCCAAUCCGGCGUAUCCGGAGAUGUUCGAGCUGAAGGUGCAGAAUCCCAAGGACAAGAACGUGUGGAUCCAGUCGAUAAGAGCUGCGGUAUUGGACUGCCCCUCGGACGAAUCCGAAGUGGAGGACUACAUAACUGCAGAACAACGCCAAAAAAUGUUAGAUGCUAAGCAAGCCAACAUUCGAGAGAUUAUCUCGAUGGGAACUACCGAACUGGAAGGCAAAUUGAGGCAAAAAGACUUUGAACAGGCGAUUCUCCUGGAGGAGAAGACCGUCCUGCAGCUGAGGAUGCUGCACGGCAAUGAGCUCAACACGGAACAGCUCGGCCCCACGGUGGAGGAAUUCAUCUCCAACUGCGGCUCCUACCGGGAUCUGGUCUCGGAUGACUGUGAUACGAUAGAGAUAUGGAAACGAGUGUUGCACACCAUUCGGGAGAUUAGCAACCUGGCGGCGUCGCUCUACACGGCGGCCACCGGUUUGCCGCUGUCGCGAUCCUGCAGUUCGGUUGGCGAACGGCAGAGCGAGGUGUACAUUUCUCCCACACUACCAAAGCGAGCGGAGACCUUCGGCGGGUUCGACGAGCGAAGAUCCAAACAGCAGCAGUGCCUCACGAACUCGUCGCGGGAUGCCGUCCUGUCGACACUAUCAGCAGGCUACUUCACCAAUCGGGAAAGCUACGAGAAGCGAGAAUCGAACGCAUCGGAAUUCGAGGCAGGACCCUUCUCUCCAGGAACUUCCCACGCUCCCGUCAAGCUGAGUUCGGAAGGAUUGACCACCGAGCAAGCAAAAGACAACAACUACGCAGCGCUACACGUGUCCCACCACCUGCAAACCCUACUCUGCAUAAUAUCGCAACAGAUGACCACGAUUCAGAGUCUUCAGCACCAGUUGAGCUCAUUCCGAGACAAUCCAAAGAACAUGUACCGACAUAACGACCAGCUGGAGGAACUUCGCAACCUGCAGGACAAACUUCAGGAGGAGAAAACAGCCUGGCAGAAGCAGAAGGAGACCGAGGAACGGGAACUGGACGAACAGCGGCUGUCGCAGAAGACCCUGCAGGAGCAGAUCCGUGCCGAACAGGAGGACAUCAAGCAACAGCGGGAACAGCUCUACCGGAAGAUGGAGAUCCUCUCCAGUCAGGGUCUGCUGCUGUCACCGAGUGUUGCUCUACCGGUGCCCGGUGGAGUCAUCCCAUCGCAGCACGACGAACAAUCCAGCAACAGUGAGGAGUACCAUGUGGACAGCGGUAUUGCUUCGGGUUCACAGUCCGUAGUGUCAACCAUCGACCGGAGGAAGGACAAGUGGAGAACUGCUAGCAUUAACAAAGCUCCUCCUGCGAAUUUGGCCAGUGCCACCAAUGCUCCUAAAAUGAAUGCUGCGGCUAUCAAACAGCAGCUGCCGCUGAAAUUAUCCUCUCUGUCGAGCACAAAACCCAGUCCCAACAACAAUUCCAUAACGUCACCCAGCGGAAGUAGUCCCAGUCUGAUGAACAGUGCUGGCAGUAGCGGAGGUGUUGGAGUAACGCAGAUGUUUCCUUUAAAACUAGCUGAUAAGAAGAUUAACUCGAGCUUACCAAAUCACUCACGAACCGGCAGUAGCCCUGCGAUCAUCCAACAGCAGGUGCCGGUUCAGACGGGAAACCCCGCCACGAGAACCAACACGUACCCCAAAAUCCCGGAACGAUACCGGCUGCGAAGUUCCGACACCUAUCAAUCGCCGCAGCAUCACUACGGCAGCGGAGGCAGCAGUGCGCACCAAUCACCAUCCUCGCCGCUGUCGUCGUCAUCCUCGCACGCAUCCUCGCAUCGAUCACCGGCGUCCUUCCACGAACAGCAGCAACAGCAACUCUUUCAACAGCAACAACUCUACCACCACCAUCACCAGCAGCAGCAACAACAACAACAGCAUCAUCAAUACCACCCGCAGCACCACUCCAUGCAUACGACGCCGCUUUCCUCGCGCCACUCCAGUCUGCAGUCGCCUCCUCCGCUAGGGUCGUCCUCCUCGCCAGCCGACAUGGGAAGCCUCGGAGGCGGAGCCACCGGCGCCGCCGGCAGCAACAACAACAUCAACACCCAAAGCCCCAGCAGAAAGGACUCCUCCUCGGCCAAGGGCGGCAAGGAGGAAGAGGUAAUCUACUUUUGAUACAUGCCAGUCGAGGUCGAAAUCUAAUCGCCACCCCCGACGCCAAGGGGGCUGGUGCCCGGGCUGGCCACACUGGACUGGAUACUGCUGGCUGCGCUGGUCGUCUCGCUGCUACUGUACGUUGUGAUUCUGCUGGCUCGACUGAUUUUUUCCGUUUUCGCGUUAUGAUCUCACUUAGUUUUUCUGUUUCUGACAAUCAUCUACGGAACUUGAGUUUUUGCUCUCUUUCGCGAUGGACUGACGAUCUUUUGAGGGACUGAUUCUUUCUGCGGCAGCGGCAACAUGGGCGGAGCGGCGGAAUACUUACCUGAUCUAGUUUAUAGCGCUUAAGCUUGAAAGCAUUCCAUUUGUAUUUUUUGUACAGAUCGACGAAAUUGUAAGCAUCAAUAAAAUUGAUUCGUAGUUUUUGCUCAUAACGGAGGGAAAUGGAAGUAAGUAGUAGGUCACCAAUCGAUUGUUGGGGCUCUUGUAACCAAAACGGAGCUUAAAUACACUCAGUGAAGGAUAAGUUUGGAUUACAAGCAUCAUGUAGAGAGUCUUGAAUUUUUAUUCCAAAUUAUCUUUUUCUUCAACUCAGAUUGACUAUCUUAUAAUGUUUUCACUUUUCUUCAAUCAAAACUAUAAAAAAAUGAGAUCGUAUUUCUUGAAACUCUGCCAUAUCUUUUACAGAUUUUAAACAUUGAAUGUAGCCUUACAUUGGGCUGCCCUGGUUUAUUGAAUGGUCGACUGUACGUUGAAUGUCUGCAGUUAUCCUGAGAAACACGUUUUACAAUGGGAAACACGAAUAAGAAGUCGUUUCACAGCAAACGAUGGUGAACUGCAAUGAAACCUUUUGAGGCGAUUUAGACUUGAAAACGUCCAUAUAGCUACCAUAAAACCAAAAUAAAACUUUUCCGGAUUUCAUUCAGGGACUUCUCCAGUGUUUUUUUCUGGGAUACCUUCGGGGGUCCUUGCAAUGAUUGCUUCAGGGACUUCUUCAGGAUGUACUCCAAAAAGCCCUAGGAAAAUUCCUCUAAUGAUUCUCUCUAUGCCUUCCUUCAUUCAGGGAUUCCUCCAGCGUAUACUCUACGGACCCCUUCACAGAUUGCUCCAGGGAUUCUUUCAGGGUUUAUUACCGAAAGCCUUUGGAGAACUCCUCUAAGAGGAGAUAUUUCUCCAGAUUUUCCAUAUCAGAUUCGUUCCAGGGUUUCUUCCUGUGGUUGCUCGGACUUUCUUCCAGAAAACUCUCGAAGAAUUUCUGCAUGAAUUCUCUCCAUAGGUUCUUCAAUAGAUUUAUUGUGGGAUUCCUUAGAUGAUUCCUCCAGUUAUUGCUCCAGGAAAUCUCUCCGUGUUUACUCUAGAAAGCCCUCAUAGAAUUCCUCCAAGGAUUCUCUCCAAGAGUUCCUCAAUAGAUUUAUGAAGGGAUUCCACCACCAAUAUCUACUAGGAUUUUUUCGGGGAUUCUUUCAGUGAUUGCUCCAGGACGUCUUUCCGUGUUUACCUCAAAAAGCCAUCGGAGAAUUUCUCUAGGGAUUUUCAUACGGGGAUUACUCCAGCGAUUUUCCCAGGAUUUUUUCAGAAAUUCUUCCAAUGAUUGCUUCAGGUACUCCUUUUUUUAUUUUUAUCUGUAUUAACGAGAUUUUUAGCCCUAGGCUAGUUUAUCUCGGGACCCACGCUGUACUUCCCUUCCGAAGGAAGAACUCACAUUUUGUGAGGUUGUCGGGAGUGGGAUUCGAUCCCAGGUCCUCGGCGUGAUAGUCACGUGCUUUAACCAUCACACCAGGUCCGCUCCACUUCAGGUACUCCUGGGUACUCAGGGUUUACUUCGAAGAAUUCUCUAAGGAUUAUCUCCAAGGGUUUUACAGAGCGAUUUCUUCAGUGAUUCUACCAGUGGGACUCCUUCAGGGAUUUUUUCCAGUGAUUGCUCUAGGAACUCCUUCAUAAUGUAGUCCAAAGUCCUCGGAAAAUUCCUCUAACGAUUCUAUCUAGGGCUUUCUCAAGGUAUUCAUUCAGAGAUUCUAUCUACGAUUUCUCCAGGGAUUCUUCCAAUGAUUGUUCCAGGGAUUCCUUCAGGGUUUACUCCAGAAAACCUUCGGAGAAUUCCUCUGAAGAUUUUCUCCAGAGAUUCCAGAAGAAAUUCGUUCAGGGAUUCUUCCAAUAAUUCGUUCAGAGGUUUCUUCCAGUGAUUGCUCGCGGUUUCUUCCAGAAAACCCUAGGAUAAUCUCUCCUAGGAUUCUUUCCAGUGUUUCUUCUAUAGAUUCAUUGUGGGAUUGAUCCAUAGAUUUCUCCUGGGAUUCCUUCGGAGAUUCUUCCAGUGUUUGAUCUUUAAAUGUUUACUCUAGAAAGCCCACGUAGCAUUCCAUUUAGCUUCCUUCCCAUGGGUUCCUCAAGAUAAUGAUCAAGGGCAUCUUCCAGAGACUUUCUAUGGUUUCCAUCGGAUAUUCUUCCAGGGACUCAGAACACCCUAGAAAAAAAUCUUCAAGGAUUCUCUCAAGGGGUUCCUCAAUAGAUUUAAAAGAGAUUUCACCAACGAUUUCAACAAGGAUUCUUUCGGAGAUUCUCCAGUAAUUGCUCUUACUUCAGAAAACCCUCCUAGAAUUUCAGGAGCUCCUCAGGAGAAUCAUACAGGGAUUUUUCUCAGUUCGUCCUCCAGGGAUUCUUUCAAUGAUUGCUUCAGGUUUACCCCAGGAAUCCAUCGGAGAAUUCUUUUAUGAAUCCUCUCCAGGGAAUCCUCAACAGCGAUUUCUCCAGGGGUUUCUACAGUGGUUUUGAUAGGGACUCCUUCAGGGUUUCUUCCAGUGAUUGCUUCAGGUACUCCGUCAGGGUUUACCCCAGAAAUCCAUCGGAUAAUUCUUUUAAAGAUUCCUUCCAGGAUUUCUCCAGGCGUUCCUCCAGCGGUUUGUUCAGGGACUACUUCAGGGAUUCUUCCAGUGAUUGCUUCGGAGACUCCUUAAGAGGUUACUCCAGAAAGACCUCGUAGAAUUCCUUUAAAGGUUCUCUCGAGCAGUUGCACAAGAAAUCCAUUCAGAGAUCUCUCCAGCGGGUUUUCCAGGAACUUCUUGAGAAGUUAUUUCCAGUGGUUGCUCCAGGGAUUCCAUAAGAGCUUACUCCUGAAUGCCUUUGGGAAUUCCUCUAAGGCUUAGGUUCCCAAAAUUUCAGGUGCGCGACCCCCUUUCGCCAGCAGAUGUACUUUUCGCGACCCACCAUAGAAAUUCCCUCAUUUGUUGUCUGUUGCAGUAAAAUAUUCGACUGUCCCUCGCGACUACCUAGAUGAAGGCUGGCGAUCCCCCUGGGGGGUCGCAACCCACAGAUUGGCAAACCAUGCUCUAAGGAUUCUCUCCAAGGAUUUCAACAGCUGUUUCUCCAGGGACUCCUCCUGGGACACACAACUUCAGGGUUUAGUCCAGAAAGUCCUUGGAGAAUUCCUCUGAAGAUUCUCUUCAGAGGUUCCUCAGGCGAUUCUUUCAGGGAUUCCACCAACGUGUCCUGCAUGAACUCCUUCCGGGAUUCUUUCAGUGAUUCCUUCAGAGGUUUUUCCAGUGUUUGCUCCAGGGAAUCCUUCAGGGUUUACUGCAGGAAGCUCUUGAAAAAAUCCUCUAUGGAUUCUGUUCAUAUGAGAUUUAUAAAGAUAUUCUACUAACGAUUUUUAUAAGGGUUCUUGCAAACAUUCUUCCAGUGAUUGCUCGAAGUUCUUUUUCAGGGUUUACUUCAGAAAGCCUUCAUAGAGUUCCUCCAAGAAUUCUUUCCAGGGGCUUCUCAGGAGAUUUAUACAGGGAUUAUUCCAGCGGUUUUCCCACGGAUUCUCUCAGGGAUUCUUCCAAUGAUUGCUCCAGAUAUUAAUCCAGGGUGUAUCCCAGAAAACCCGUAGAGAAUUAUUCUAAGGAUCUCUCCAGCGGUUUCUCCACAGCGAGUUCUUCAGGGAUUCCUCCAGAGGUUACUUUAGGGACUCCUUCAGGGAUUCUCUCAGUGAUUGCUUCGGGGACUCCUUUAGAGAUUACUUGAGAAACACCUCGGAGAAUUUCACUGAGGAUUGUCUAGAGCGUUUCCACAAGAAAUUCAUUCAGAGAUCCCUCCAGCGGGUUUUCCAGGAACUUCUUAAAAAGUUACUUCCAGUGGUCGCUCCAGGAACUCAGUAAGAGCUUACCCCUGAAAGCCUUUGGGGAAUUCAUCUAAGGAUUCUCUCCAAGGACUCUUUUGGGGAUUCUUCCAGUGAUUGCUCCAGGUACUGCUUCAGGCCUUACUCCAGAAAUUCCUCGGAGAAUUCUUUUAAGAAUUUUCCCCAGGGAAUCGUCAACAGAGAUUUCUCCAGGGAUUCUUCCAGCGGUUUCUCUAGAGACUCCUUCAGGGAUUCUUCCAGUGAUUGCUCCAGAGACCUCUUCAACAUUCUUCUGCUCCAGAAAGCCUUCGGAGAAUUUCUCAGUGGUGAUUUCUUCUGGAAUUCUUGCAGCGAUUUCUCGCGGGUCUCCUUCAGGGUGCCAGUGAUUUCUCCAGGGACACACUCUUUCGGGGUUUACUCCAAAAAGUCCUCGAAGAAGUCCUCUAAGGAUUCUCUCCAGUGAUUCCUCAAGAGAUUCAUUCGGGGAUUCCACCAUUUUUUUCUUUUUUUUUGCAGGAAUUGCAAAAGGGAUUCUUUCAGUGGUUGCUCUAGGCCUUGGUAGAAUUCCUCCGAUGAUUCUUUCCUGGGGUUCCUCAAUAAAUUCAUUACGGGAUGCCUCCUGCGAUUACUUUAAGGAUUUCAUCAGGAAUUCCUCCAGUUCUAAUGUUUUAAGUUCUAAAAAUUCUCAUGAGAUUUAUUCAGGGAUUCUUCCAGCGAUUUCUCCCUGGUUUUUCUUCGGGAUUCUUCUAGUGAAGGGAAAUUUUUAGGAUUUAUUCCAGAAUGCCCUCGGUGAAUUCCUCUAAGGAUCCUUUCCAGUUUUUUUAAUAGAUUCGUUGUGUGAUUCCUUCAAAGAUUUCUCCAGGAUCUCCUUCAGCUAUUCUUCCAGUGAUUGCCCAGGGACUCCUUUAGGGUUAACUUAAGAAAGCCUGCGGAGGAUACCUUUAUGGAUUCUCUCCAGGGGUUCUCCAACAGAUUCAUCUAGGGAUUCCUGCUGUGAUUUUUUCAGGGACUCUUUCAGUGAAGAAUUUCUCUAUCGAUUUCUACAGGGAUUCUUACGGGGAUUGCCCUAGGAAUUCACCCGGAAAAUUUUCUGGUUAUUCCUCCAUUGAUUUCUGUUAGAAAUUCCUCCAGGAUUUUUUUUUUCGAAAACUCUUUUUUAGAACAUACUUCUCUUGAAUUCCUUUUGGAGGUUAUGCCAGAAGUUCCUCAAGGCAUUCUAUACUUUCCAAAACGUUUACACCGGUUAACCCAGGUUUUAUUGAAGGAAUUUUUCCUGGGAUUGACUUCAAGAACUUUUUUAUGGGUUUCGUCCAUGAAAUUCGCAAAGAAAUCCACCAGAAACUUCAUCAGAGAUUAUCUAUAUAAAUACCAAUUGGAAUUUUCGCCGUGUAUUACUUCAAGAAUUCCUCAAGAAAUAAAUUCUGUAAUUCCUCCAGAGAUGUCCUCGAGGAUUAUUUUAAGGAUUCUUUUGGGGGAUGCUCCAGACACUCCUUUAUGUAGUCCUCGGAGAAUUCCUUUAAGGAUUUCUACAUAGAUUCCUGCGUGCAUUACUUCAAAAAAUGUUCUGGUGAUUCCUCAAGGCAUUUCUGCGAGAAAUUCCUCCAGGAGUUUUUCCUUUGUUUCUUUCAGGAAUUCUAGAACAGUAACUUCUGCUGGUAUCCUGAUAAAGGUUCCGCCAAAAAGUCGUCAAGUGAUUAUAACAGCGAUUCCUUCCAAAAUUACUACAUAGAUUUCUCCAAACAUUUUCUCAGGGAUUUCUUGUGGGAUUAUUGUAGGAUUUAUUUCAGUGAUUAGCUCCAGGCUCUUUUUCAGGAUUUCUUAGAAGUCCUCUUAGAAUUCUUACAGGAAUUUCUUCAGGGAUUUCCGAAUUUACUACAUAGAUUUCUCCAGGAUUUUUUUUUUCGAAGAUUACUUCUGAGAUUUUUAAAGGAAUUCUUCCAGGUAUUGGCUUCAGGGACUUUAGCAGGGUUUCCUAAAAGUCCUCGAAGGACUUUUCUUCACACUUUGGAAAUUUCCUUCAGGAAUUUCUCCAAAGAUUUCUUCCGAAAUUACUUUGGCAAGUGUUGCAGGAGUUCUUGAAAAAAAAAACACAUUCAGGGUUUCCUUCAACGAGUUCUCUAGGGAUUAUUUUAAGAUUUCUUCCAAUGAAUUAUUGGAGAAUGCGUCUAAGGAUCUGUACAAGGAUUCCUGCGUGGAUUGCUGCAGAGAUAAUUCCAAACAAAAUCUAUUAUUUCUCUUGAAGUUUCUACAAAAAAAAUCCUGGAAUAUCGACAGAAAUCCCUUCAGGUAUUCUUGAACAGGGACUUUAUCUAAGUUAAUCUAAGAAUUGUGCCAGGGAUUUUUUUCCCGAAAUUAUUGCAACGAUUUUUCCAAGAUUUUUUCCAGGGACUUUUAACGGCUUCCGACCAGAAAGUCAUUCUCAAAGAAUUCCCUUAGGACAUUCAUCAGGGAUUUCCUCCAAAAUACUACUACGGCGGAAAGUCCUCCAGGGAUUUCUCAAUAAAUUCAUUUAGUGAUUCUUCCAGCGCUUUUCCAGGUAUUCCUUCAUGAAUUAUUUUGUGGGUUCUUCAAUUGACUGAAGUGAAAAGUUUCCGAAGAUAUCUUCCAAAGAUUUCUACAGGGAUUACUCUAGAGCAGGGAUGGGAAAUGUCAUAAAAAAGUCAAUUUGUUAUUUGCUAAUUUCUCUGUUCCUCUGGCCCUAGUAAAAAAUGAUUAUCGGCAACAUCAUUAGUUUUCCAUAACUAAUCACCGUCAUGGAUAGGAGAUGCAAACGGACGGAAAUUUAAAGUCCACCACUUGCUGGACUUUGAAAAAAGUCAUGACAUUUUUUUAUGAAAUGCGUGACAUUUCCCAUCCUUGAUCCAGAGAUUGUUUCAAGAACUCCUUCUGGUUUUCUCCAGAGACUUUUCCUGGAGUUUUAACAGAAAAUCUUUUUCGAUUUCUCCAGGGAUUUGUUCAUAGAUUCCCCAAGAACUCUUCCACGGUUUUCUCUUGGGAUUCCUUCGAAAAAAAAGUUACUUUAGGGAUUUAUUCAGAGCAUAUCAACGAGGUUUCCUUUCCAGGUCCUCGAGGGAUUUCAGUAGGAAUUAUUUUGAAGAAAGAUCCAAAAGCACGUCAAUGCCUUCUUGUAGAAUUCAAUGACAGUUCCGAAUAUUGUUCAAAGAACCCCUUUAUGAAUUCCUCUAGAAUUAAUUGUGAAAUUCCUUCAUAAGAACAUAUUUCUAAAUUUUUGAAAUAAAAUCUGAACAAAAUGUGUAAUGGAGUACCUAUCUGGUAAAGGUUUCAAUGGCAUCUUCACGGUUCAAAGGUUUCUGGGGCAUCCGAAAAAAAAAACUGUUAUAGAGAAUACGACAUGUACAGAAUAGCUGGAACGACUUGAUUUCACUGAUUCACUCAUAGUACAGGAUGUCUAUAACAUGAAAAAAAAACCCUGGAAAUCUGGAAAUAUCUUGAAUACUCAGGAAUAAUGUUCAACCAAUAUCUCUCAGAUGUUGUCGCGGAAUUUCUCCUCGAGGUUUCUUCUUGAGAAUUUUCCGCGAUUCUUUUCGGUGAUUUCUCCCAGAGUUUCUCCAGGAGAUAUUCCUGGGAUUUCUACUAGAGCUCCUCCAAGCAUUUUUUAAGAAGUUUUUCACGAACUUUCGCCAGGAGUUCUUCCCGGGAUUUCUUCCGAAGUUUCUCUAAUAAUUUCUUCAAGAAAUUUCCGUGAGUUUUCUUCUAAAACUUCUACAGGAACUUCGACCGCGAUAUAUCCUAAAAGUUCUGGCGGGUUUUCUUUUGAAGUUUCACUUGAGAUUUCUCUCGGAGUUUUUCCCGGUUCUCUCAGAAGAUUCCAUCCGGUGUUGGCCCUAGGAUGUCUCUCAGAGUUUUUCUGGGCUUCCCCCUAAGAUUGUCUCCGGAUUGCUUUUUUGGAAUUUCUGCAGGAGCUAUUGCUGAUAUUCCUCAUGAAGUUCUAUCCGUGAUUUCUUUCAGAACCUUUCCAAGCUUUUACAGGAUUUCUAGCAGUGUUCCUCCUACGGUUAUUUUUUCACAGAUUUCUCCGGGUUACUCCCCAAACUCUUCCCGGAAUCCCUAAUGAAAAUUGCCCCGAGAUCCUGGCUGCUCCUUUGGGAUUUCUUCAAUUGUUAUUUCCGGAGCUGUUGUAGGGAUUUUCCGCGAGGAAAUUCCAGAGAAAUAUCAAAGAACUCUCUAGAAGAAAUUUUUUGAAAAACUUCUGAAAAAUUUCGAGAGAAAGCAAUGUUAAGCUAUCCCGGAAAUCAACUAUGGGAAAUUCCUGAAGAAGCUUUGGUUAAAUUUUGGAAGGAUCUUCGGAAGGAAUUGAGAAGCUCUGGAAGCAUUUCGCCAAAACCUCUGGAAGAAAUCUCGCGUGGUACUAUUUCAGAGACCCCGGGAAAAACUCCUACAGAAAUCCUGGGAGAAGCUCUGGUUGAUAUCCCAGGAAUAACUCUCAGAAAGCCCAUAAGAACACCGAACAAAACUAGAAAUUUCGGUAUCCACGCAUUACUUCCCUCCUUCUAAAGGAAGAACUGAGUGAGUUUGUCUGCAGCGGGAUCCGAUCCCAGGUCAUCAGGGUGAUUGGCAAGUGCUUCAAUUAUCACACAAAGUCUGCUCCAAAUAGAAAGGUAUUUAAACAAUAAUCGAUAUGUGAUCCACGAAGUUUAUGUAAAAAAAAGCUACCCGACCUACGAAGUUCGCAAUUACAAGUGCAAUGUUUUCCCUGUUUUAAAUAAAAAACUUUGUUGAUCUUCAACAAUCAACAACUUCUGCAAUAACUAGUUUGGAGCGAAACAAAAAAAUUAAGGCCUAUAUUUUCGAAAACAAAUGAAAGCAAGUAGCGGUAGCCACUAGAGGGAAUGACUUAGCAGAUAUGGCAAAUCAACUCAAAGACUCAUAAAAUACGUGUACUUACAAGUGAAAUAAAUAAAACAUAAACUUGUGUAAUAAACCA